AUGCUGGUGGCAUCACUGAUACCUCCGCUGCUCGGAAGCUUGGGCUUUCUUGUGCAGAAUGCCGCAGAGUUUUUCCUUGCCAGUCAUGCCAAAGGCGUGGAUGUGCCAACAUAUGUCCGGACGCACGUCUCCGAAGCUAUUGGAUCGCUCUCUAUCGGUCUCGAUGGCCAGUCGAAAUAUCACGGGGAGUCCGCAGGGUCCGAGUCAUCACAGCGAGAAUGGCCCUCCAACUCUCAACAGUUUGACCUUCCCAGGGAAAUCCUUGAUCUUAUGAAUGCGUUUCCCUUUGGCCUCAAAGACUGUCCGCAUAGCAAAAACGUCUUCAUACAGUAUAUUCCGGCGAGAGACAGAGCUCAAGAGUUAGCUUCCCUGUAUUAUACCAAUAUUGCGUGGAUGUACGAUCCCAUCAUAGAGCAGGAUUUUACGACUACCAUCCUUGACUCGAUUUACGGCACUACCGGUUUUCCGAGCCUGGAUACGUUACACUCCCACCGGCUUUCAGUAUUCUUUAUCCUCCUCGCCAAUGGCAUGGUCUUUGAUUCUCAUCCCUCUUCUCCAAAUCUGGGGAGGCAGUUUCAUGCACUCGCUCGUGCUGCCCUCUCACUGGACUCCAUUCUCCUUGAAGCAACCUGUGCAACGGUCCAAGCUUUGUUCCUGAUGUUCCGGUUCAUUUAUAAUGCGGACCGGUCUUGCAACGAAGAGCGGUGGUUGCUGACAGGCCUGAGCGCCAGACUCUCCCAAACUAUUGGACUUCAACGCGACAGCGCCAACUGGAACCUGCCCGCUGACGAGGUACAGCGACGUCGCAGACUUUUCUGGGACCUGUUCACGUGGGACUCCUGGUCGGGCGUGGUUAAUGGACGUCCGGCUGCUCUUAUGAUUCAGCAUACUGAUUGCCAGUUUCCGGAUGAUCUUGACCCGUCAAUCAAACCAACUGGAGAGGUGGACUUUGGAUGGCAUGCCUGGAAAGUUCGAUACGCCUCAACGUGCCUAACUGCUUCAGCACAUCAUGUUUUCAGUCCUCGAACACCCCCUUACACAGCUCUUCUUGAACUCGAUAAGAAGAUUCGAAAAUUUGCGAUGCCCAGUCACUUGCGCUCUCCAACUCGGAAUUCCGAAACUGGUCGAUCGUGGUCGACUGACCCUUCACGGGCAAUGCAGCAGUAUUGUGCGUUGUGUCUGAGGGAAUCAAACCUCCUCUAUAUACACAGGAGUUAUUUCGUUCAAGCCAUUCGUCAAGAUCCAGACAACCCGCUGCGACACAAGUAUGCUCCCUCGGUGUUGGCAACUUAUCGAAGCGCCUGUCGGCUCAUAUCAAGCCUCAAAGGCCUAUAUUCCAUUCAUCCUCGCAUAUCAAGCUACUGUUGGUACUUUUGGUCCGGGAUAUUUUCCGCUUGUAUCGUUCUCGGGGCCCUUGUCGUAGAAAGUCCAGGGUGUACACUCGCGGGAGACGCUUUGCGUGAACUAGAGGCAACAGUUUCUUUCUACGAAGAAGGCUCUCGUCCAUGUCGGGCGCCCGCAACUAUGGAUAUCCUCGAGAACCUUCGUCAACGAGCUUCUACCGCUUACAAAGGGGGCGCGGAGAAGUUUCCCCAGAAGGCCCCUACGGAAGUGGAUGAAUUAGAAGUUCUUGGUGGCAGAAAAAGUGUCAUCACCCCUAAAUCAUGCAAUAACUCUCCAUCCAACCCACCACCAGGCUCUCCCGAUUCUCUUCAUCUCCCAGUUGACGAAGGGAAUAGCCCUGCCAGUCAAGCAGGCGCUGCCGAAAUGUUGAUGGAUUACUAUGAGGAGCUUGGGCAACCCCCUUUCGAUAUUCACAAAGGUCAAGAUUACGACAUGGACCGAGGACCUUUGACAUACACUUCGUCCUCGUACGGCCCCCAUCCAAAACCUCGUGAUCCUUCCGCUUUACCAUCGUCACCUCAAUCUUAUCUCGGCCACUACAUCCCCAUGCAUGAUUCAAGUCAAUAUCCAUCCACGAGUCGCCAGCUGCAAAGCCAGUCUGAGACAAAACCGACUCAUGCAUGGCACGCGUC